GUUCAAGGUUUUGACCUUGGCGCAGUCGAGCUUAGUUCCUAGAUCCGAUCUUGUGAUGGCUCUGGCCAACAUGGACUUGGAUCAGGAGAAGAAGAACUACUGCAUCCGUGGCAAGCACGUUGUCAUCAUCUGCAUGACAGUUGUGGUCUGUUCGUUAGCAGUGGGUCUCGGGGUGGGCCUCUCCAGGUCUGAGACCACCACCACCUCUGUGAAUUCCACACCAGCUCCCACGGCAGAGCCCACACAGGCGCCUCAACCCGGCAGGGGGCCCUGCGAGCCUUCUAACGAUGCCAGCGGGGACUGGAAGAAUUUCCGGCUACCUGACUAUGUAAGACCCGUUCACUACGACUUGCUGCUGGAACCAGAUCUGGAUGAUGACACUUACACGGGCACCGUGGAGAUCUACGUGGAAGUCAGCAAGCCAACCCGACAUCUGUGGCUCCACAUCAGGGAUACGUUCGUCCGUGAGAAGCCCAGGCUGCGACUGCAAGACGGGAAGGGGCGUCAGGAACCGGUGUCCGUCAGCAGCUGCUUUGAGUACACACCUCAGGAGUACGUGGUGGUGGAGGCCACGCAGGAGCUGCCUGCCACCAAGCCUGGGGAGACCUACGUCUUGACUUUGGACUUCCAAGGCUGGCUGAACGGCUCUGUGGUGGGAUUUUACAGAGUGGUCUACACGGAAGAAGGAGUCCUCAAGAAGGUUGCUGCGACUGAUCACGAGCCAACGGACGCCCGCAAAUCCUUUCCCUGCUUUGAUGAACCCAACCAGAAGGCCACCUUUAAAAUCACCAUCAUUCACGACGCGGCCUACGGUGCACUGUCCAACAUGGCAGCCGAGAGUUCCCCGGAACUACUACCUGGCAACAAGAUGAGGACCUCUUUCCAGAAGUCCAUUCCAAUGAGUACCUAUUUGGUAUGUUUUGCUGUGCACCAGUUUGGUCAUGUGGAAGAAAUAUCCGCCAGAGGAAUUCCUUUGAGAAUCUACGCCCAGCCAAGUCAGUUAUCAACCGCGACAUUCGCGGCCAAAACGACCAAGGUCAUUUUUGAUUACUUUGAGGACUACUUCAAUAUGACAUACUCCAUCUCAAAACUUGACAAGAUAGCCAUCCCUGACUUCGGAACUGGUGCAAUGGAGAACUGGGGCCUCAUCACCUACCGGGAGACCAACUUGCUGUAUGAUCCAAACCAGUCGUCGUCCUACAACAAGCAGCGAGUUGCUAGUGUCAUCGCCCAUGAGCUGGUUCAUCAGUGGUUUGGUAACAUCGUGACUAUGGAUUGGUGGGAUGACCUCUGGCUUAAUGAAGGCUUCGCAAGCUUCUUCGAGUACAUCGGGGUCGAGAAAGCCGAGCCCAGCUGGGGUAUGCGGGACAUCAUGAUCAUCGGUGACGUACUUCCUGUUAUGGUGAACGAUGCCCUCCUCUCGUCACACCCAAUAAUCGUGGAUGUGUCCACGCCGGCAGAAAUCACCUCCGUGUUCGAUGCCAUUUCAUACAGCAAGGGCGCAUCAAUCCUUAGGAUGCUGGAGGACUGGAUGGGUCGAGACAUGUUCAGAGAUGGCUGCCGAAAAUAUUUAAAAGACUUCUACUUCAAGAACGCCAAGACGGCCAACUUCUGGGCUUCUCUUGCAAAUGUGAGCGGGCUGCCGAUCGCAGAAGUCAUGGACACGUGGACCAGGCAGAUGGGUUAUCCAGUAGUGGAUCUGACCGUCACUGAAACAAAUGCCAAACUGAGCCAAAGGCGCUUCCUCCUGGACCCAAAAGCUGAUGCUGACCAGCCUCCUUCACCGCUUGGUUACAAGUGGACUAUUCCCGUCAAAUGGCACUCGGUGACGAGUGACAAGAACAUGUCACUCAUGUUUGACAAGAGCAGCCCAGAUCACGUCGUAAGUGGCUACUCACCUUCAGCGGACGGCCUGCUGAAGAUCAACAAAGACCACAUCGGCUUCUACCGAGUCAACCACGAAGACCACAUGUGGGACGCGAUUAGCCAGCAGCUGCAAAACAACCACCUGGAGUUUGGUUCAGCAGACCGCACAAGCUACAUUGAUGACGUGUUUGCUCUUGCAAGGGCAGACGUCAUAGACUAUGGCCACGCCUUCAACCUGACAAUGUAUCUCCAGCAUGAGACUCACUACACUGCAUGGAGUCGCCUGGCCUCCUCUGUUGAAUAUGUUCGAGACAUGCUGUCAGGAAAUGCCAUCAUCUACCCAAAGUUCCAGGAAGUGUUUCGCAAUCAUGUCAAAAACAUUUCCUCUCGGCUCGGUUGGACUGAUGAAGGAACGCAGACGGAGAGGUUACUGCGGGAGACUGUGCUCAGUAUUGCCUGUAAAAUGGGAGAUCCUGAUACACUGAAAGAAGCAUCCAACAUUUUUGACCGGUGGAUUAAUGAAAGUCUGAGCAGUGUGGCAGUGAACUUGAGGUUGCUGGUGUAUCGUUACGGCAUGAAGAACUCCGAGGACGCGGAGCCAAAAUGGAACAUCAUGUUCGAGAGGUACAAAAGUAGCACCUUGGCUCAGGAGAAGGACAAGCUGCUGUACGGACUGGCAUCUGUGCAGAAUGUCCAGCUCCUCUGGAGACUCCUUGAAGCCUCGAAAGAUGAGCAAGUUGUGAGGAGCCAGGAUCUGUUCACCCUCGUCACAUACGUGUCCUACAACCCUCUGGGUCAGACCAUGGCCUGGGACUGGACCACACUCAACUGGGACUACCUGGUCAACAGAUACACCAUCAAUGAUAGAAACCUCGGACGCCUUCUGACUAGAAUCUCCAGCAGCUACAGCACAGACUUGCAGCUGUGGAAGAUGGAGCAUUUCUUUGCUCUGACUCCCGACGCUGGUGCCGGGGAGAUGUCCAGGCAGCAGGCACUGGAGACCGUCAGGAAUAACGUUCGAUGGAUUCGCAGGAACGAGAAUGAGAUUAGCGCCUGGCUGCAGAGAAACGCCGCCUAGCUUGGUAACAUACCUCGGGGGCGCCAAAAUGACGUAAACGUUGUUUCUGACUACGUUUCCGUUUGAAUUGGAACGGCCUCCGUGAACCGUCCCAGUCUGGUUGCCACCCUCUCACAACACUGAAACUG